AUGUAUCUAGGGCUUCGAGGAAGCUCUCUUGUUGCCGCUAUAGGAUUUUGCUGUGGGAGUGGGUUUCUGCUAUUGGGAUAUGACCAGGGUGUCAUGGGCGGAGUCGUUGGAUACUCUGGAAAUACAUUCGCGCAGGUCUUUGAUAAUCCGAACCCAACAGUAACUGGCCUGAUGGUAAGUCUCUAUGAGGUGGGCUGCAUGUUUGGAUCCAUCGUAAUUAUCUUUUGGGGGGACAAUCUCGGUCGGCGAAUGUCCCUGGUCAUUGGUGGUAUCAUCGUGAUUAUUGGGACAGUGAUUCAAGCUUCAUCCUUUUCCCGAGCCCAGUUUAUUGUCGGAAGAAUAGUAGCCGGUCUGGGAAACGGAAUGAAUACAAGUACCCUUGGUACAUAUCAAUCGGAAACCUGCCCUGCCAAGAAUCGGGGUAGAGUGGUGACAUGUGAGGGAAUUAUGGCAAUUGGAGGUGUCUGGAUCUCAUACUGGCUGGACUUCGGCAUGUCAUAUGCCACAUCUACGGUACAAUGGAGACUUCCACUUGUCAUGCCAGCCAUAUUUGCUUUAUCCAUGUCAGGAAUUGCAUUUUUCAUGCCAGAAUCCCCUCGUUGGUUAGCAUUGAAAAAUCGAGAUGAUGAGGCUAAACAAGUUCUGGCUGCACUCGCCGGUGAAGAUGUUCGCACCGACGACGAGUCCAUCCUCGCAAUGCACAGCACUAUUCGACAAGCAAUUGACUAUGAAACCCAUAUUGGUGGGGAAUUCAACUUUCGUGAGCUUUUCAGCGGGGGCGAGCUACAAAAUUUCCGACGUAUUUGCCUCUGUUUUGGAAUACAACUGAUGGAAGAAAUGGGCGGGAUCAACUUGAUCACGUACUACAUGAGUAGUGUUUUCCUACAAAUCGGCACGGGUCACUUUUUAGCUUUGCUACUUUCCGGAGUCAACUCGACUACUUAUUUCAUCUCUUCGUUUGUGCCUAUCUGGCUGAUCGAUCGAUUUGGAAGAAAGUCGCUACUCAUUUAUGGCACCGUUGGCAUGAUGUGCAUGAUGAUAAUGCUCACAGUAUCGCUGAGCUUCGGUCCCGCCAACUUUACAGCAGGUAUUUUCGCGAUUAUUUCCAUAUUCCUUUUUAAUAUUUUCUAUGCAACGGGCGGAUGGAUGGCCACCCCCUUCCUAUACCCCUCGGAAAUUUCUACGCUGCGCCUCCGCUCUAAAGGUUCAGCUAUCUCUGUUCUGUCGAAGUGGAUGUUCAACUUUCUGGUGGUGAUGAUUUCACCGGUCGCCAUGGCGAAUAUAGGCUGGCGAACGUACAUCAUUUUCGCAGUCUUGAAUUUUGUGUUCAUUUUUGUUUUGUUUUUCUUUUACCCCGAGACGAAAGGGCUCGAGCUUGAACAUGUCGACAAAAUAUUCACGGGCGGUGACCCAAUCACCCGAGGUGCCACUGGCAUGCUUCGUCUUCGAAUUCAAGAUCAUCAAACGAGCCAAAUUUUCUUGGAUAAAUCUGGCCAUGAUAUUUCGAACCAUGUCGAGGAUGUGGAGAAGAGUCCGGAGGUCUGA